UAUGAUGAAAAAAUAAUAAAUACGAAAACCUCCAUCAUAUGAUCCUUUUACUUUAUUAACGAAUGAUUAUGUACGGAUCAUCCUUACAUACUUGAAUGUGGUAUUGUAUUAAUUUAAACUAGUUUGAUUUAGUGAGAUCAGCUAGAGUUUGCAGAAGAUGGAGAGAAAUCAUUGAAAAGGAUCCUUUAAUGUUUGAACAUGCUAAUUUAGAAAAUAUUGACUCUUCUAAACCAUUGUUUCCUAUACUUAAAAUAUUUUCAAGAGAUAAAACAAUAAUCUCUAUGAAAUUGCCUCCACAUGCAACAUAAACUGAUACAGCCUAUAUGUUCAUGUAAUUACCAUAGAGUAUACAAUAUUUGAAAUUUACAAAUAUCAAUAUGGAAUUCUCAAAGAUUUUUACUCGUAAGUUUCCUAAUUUCAAGAGUUUAACUUUGGUUAAUACAAAGAAUAGAAAGAAACCAUUUGAUGAAAUUGAAAUGAAAUCAUUUCUUACAUUGAAGAGUGCAUAAGAAUUACAUUUCUAUUCAUUACCUUGGGAAGACAGUUUUAUAAGCAUUUUCUCUGAAUUUAAUCUUCAAGUACUCUGCAUUUAUGAUUGUCCUCAUUUAACUAAUGAUUCUCUAUAUCUCAUAUCAAAACAUUGUAAAUUAUUAUAAAAAUUACUUGUUGGAGGGAGUGAACAAGUAUAUAAUGCAUAAAUAUCUAAAAGUGGGUUUCAAAUUGAUCUAAUGAAUUUAAAGUCUUUAGAGAUUAGAUAUUGUUCUAGAAUUGGAGAUUAAUCAUUAGAUAUUAUAGCUAAUUCAUUUCCAACAUUAACAGAAUUUGCUUUAGUAAGAAAUAACUUUGAAAAAUGUGCUAAAAUUAGUGAUUAAGCAUUUAAAAAUAUGCAAGAUCUUUAAUUAUAAAGAUUGUCUAUCAUAUAUACUAGAAAACUAAGAGAUCAAGCACAUAUUAAUAUAGCUAAAUUUCAUUAGUUAAGAUAUCUAUGUUUAAGGAACUGUCCAUUAUAAUAUGAUGUUUCAAUAUGGAAUGAAAAUUGUCCAUUAUUAGAAGAAUUAGAUGUAUCUGGAGAUUCUUGGGUUUCACAAUCUUUUGUCUUAGGAAUAGCAUAACAUUAAAAUCUUAAAAUAUUUUGGUUAGGUCAUUUUGAGCAUGGAGACUUAGAUUGUGAUACAAAAUUAUAAUAAUAUCCUCCUGAAGGAUUAUUCUUGGAAAGCAUAUUUAAGAAAGAAACUAGUUUUCCAAAAUUACAUACAUUACAUUUAGAACAUGAUUGCAAUUUAACUUAUUGGUUAUAUGCAAGAAUAUCAAAAUUAAGACCCAAAUUAUUUUUUAGAUGA